GACCCAAUACCAACGUUGUCAAUAUAAAAUGAAAAUACCGUCCCCGGCCUUUGACCCACCGUCCCAAAUUUGAUACUUACGUUUGAAGGAGAUUUAUGCCCUUUCAUUCCCUACUUUUUUCUUUGCUCUUUGUUUCUCCUUUCCCUUCUUCUCUUGCUAGUUCAAUAGUCCUCCUCCCGUCCGUCUUCUCGGUUUCCAUUCCUCUCGUCUUCCAAACCGCCCGUUUACUAUAUAGCAUCUACCUUACCUAUCCAUCCGCUCAUCCCUACGUAUACAUCCGCAAAAACAACCCAUUGGUCGAACCGUUCACACCCUGUUCCACGAAUUGCGCCCAUUGCACAACGUCAUACACUCCCUCCAUAUUAAAAUACAAAACCCCUCCGUGAGAAUUCACCAUGCUUUCCGCCGGAGAGAGGCCCCAGCCGGCUCUUGGCAAGAAUGCCGCUGCCGCUC